GCAUUUCUAAAUGGACAACGGUGUGUUAUUCGUGUUAGCGGCUAUGCUGUUAUGUUGGUCUAAAGGCUGCAGUCAAACUAUGAGUAACAAUAUUCUCAGCAAAACUGAGGUCGAGGCUGGUGGAUCGUUUACUGUGACAUGUGACGCGUCGCGUGCUGCAGUUCCAGCCGAUGCUUCUAUUGGAAGUGUAUUAGUUCAACUAAAUAACGGAUCAGAAAAAAUAGUUGUAGCAAAAUACUGGACAUUUGCACCUAUUCUUUCGGUUAGAGAUCCUUCACGAAUUUUUCCUGUGAGGAAUUGGACUUACAAUUUCGAUGGAAGCCUACGGGGUACAGCGGAUAGACCAAAAAACAGAAACACAAUGAGAAUUGAAAUAUAUGCGGUUGAUGCUAAAUGUCAGGACGCCGGCUCUUACUUUUGUAUCGUAGAAUACCUUGUUGGCACAUCUAAUACUUUAAUAACAAAGGAGAGUUACCAGACUCUCGUUGUGAAAGGCGAGUUAUGUAUGCAUUAUUAA